AUCUGCGACUCGAGCGGCGGUGCAGCCAGCGGAGACAACAUCCCAGCCCGGACGGCGCCCUGGGUCCACCGGCGCGAAGGGUCGGAGCGGAACCGGGAAGGCGGGAGGCGCCCCGCCGACUAAACAGCGCGUCGCAGCUCCUCGGGCUCGCUCCCUCCCCGCUCUCGGGAAAAACUGAGGCAACAACUCCGUUCCGGAGGCCGCGAGGACUGUGAAGACGCCGCCAGAAUCCUCGGCAGCCUGGAAAUCCCAUCACCUUGGUUCCCUGAGACUUGGAGUAGGAACUGACAGCUGGCUGACAGAAAACUCAUCCAAGGAGAGAAAAGACAUAAGUGAAGUAUGAAAUUUUGAAUAACAUUUUCAGAUGGAUGAGGUGAGAGAAAAGAACAGACUGAAAGAAGGUGAAGGCAUGAAGACAAGGGGGUUAUUCCAAUAAAGUGCUGAUUACAAGAUGAGACCCUAGGAAACCAAAUAUGUAUACACAUGGAGAAUAAAGUAUUGAUUCUGACUUUUGAAGAUGGAUGAAUGUGUAGAAAUUUCCAGUGAUGGAAAUUCCCUAAUUAAAGCGGUCCAUCAGAGCCGGCUUCGCCUUACAAGACUCUUGUUGGAAGGCGGCGCUUACAUCAAUGAGAGCAAUGACCGUGGGGAAACACCUUUAAUGAUUGCUUGUAAGACCAAACAUGUUGAUCACCAGAGUGUCAGUAAAGCCAAAAUGGUUAAAUACCUGUUAGAAAACAAUGCUGAUCCCAACAUACAGGACAAAUCUGGGAAAACUGCCUUAAUGCAUGCUUGCUUAGAAAAAGCUGGUCCUGAAGUUGUUUCGUUGCUCCUAAAGAGCGGGGCUGACCUCAGCUUGCAAGAUCAUUCUAGUUCCUCAGCCCUGGUUUAUGCUAUAAAUUCAGAAGACAGAGAGACCCUGAAAGUUCUCCUUAGUGCUUGCAAGGCAAAGGGGAAAGAAGUCAUUAUCAUAACAACAGCAAAAUCGCCCUCUGGCAGGCACACCACCAAACAGUACUUAAAUAUGCCUCCUGGGGGUAUGGAUGGGUGUCAUACUCCAGCGACCUGUGCCACUCCUUCAGAAAUAGACUUAAAAACAGCCUCACCACCACUUUCACAUUCUUCUGAAACUGAAACACUUUUUGGCUUUAAAGAUCUGGAGCCUGCAGGAAGCAGUGAUGAUACUGGGGAUCGAGGCUCCCCUGUGAGGAAGCCUGGUCUGACCCCUAAUGGGCCCAAGCUCCCUCAGGCUUCUCACUGGAUCAGGAGUCCUCCUUUAUUAAUGCACAGAGUGGCCUCCUUACAAGAGGAGCUUCAGGAUAUUACUCCAGAGGAAGAAUUAUCUUACAAAGCCAACCGGCUGGCACUUUCCAAGCGAUUCAUUACUAGGCACCAAAGUAUUGAUGUAAAAGACACUGCGCAUUUGCUAAGAGCCUUUGAUCAGGCCAGCUCAAGAAAGAUGUCAUUUGACGAAGUAAAUCAUCAGUCAUUUUUUUCAGAAGGAAAUCAGCAAUGCAUUGACAUCCCAGUGGAUCAGGAGCCAGACUCUAACCAGACAAUAUUUGCUUCCACCCUAAGAAGUAUAGUUCAAAAAAGAAACUCAGGAGCAAAUCACUACAGCUCUGAUUCCCAGCUCUCAGCUGGUCUUACCCCUGCAGCUUCAGACGAUGGCAAAGCAUUUAUAGGAAAAAAAAAGAUUCUCUCACCAUCUUCUUCCUUGUUAUCAGGGUCCAAAGAAUUGUUGGAGAAUAUCCCCCCAGGUCCCCUGAGCAGGAGAACUCAUGCCCUUUUAGAAAGGCGUGGUUCAGGAGCUUUCCCUUUAGAUCACAACAGUACACAAACCAGACCAGGAUUCCUGCCACCCUUAAAUGUGAACCCUCACCCUCCCAUAUCAGAUAUCAAUGUCAGCAACAAGAUUUCCAGCCUUCUUUCUUGUGGUCAAAAAGUGCUUAUGCCAACAGUUCCUAUUUUCCCCAAAGAAUUCAAAAGUAAAAAGAUGUUGUUAAGGAGACAAUCAUUGCAAACAGAACAAAUUAAGCAGUUAGUUAAUUUUUAAGACAUGGCUAGAAAGUACGUUUUUGUUCACAUUUUAUCAGAGAAAUAUGGAACUAGAAGAUUCAAAUGUUCAUCCUUUUAAAACUUCUAAUUGGAUAGUUCAUAAUAGUUAGGGGUUAUCAAAAUGUACUGUGUACCAUCAUACUAUGCAUUGUAGAUAUACAAAUAAUAGAUAAUUUUUGAAAAGAGAUUCUCUCAAAUAAAAUUAAGCCAAUUUUUUUUAAACCUUCCAUAUUUAACAAACUUUAUGUGGUCCAAGUUUUUAAUUUAAACAAAAAUAAGCAAACAAAGAAGGUUACAUAUGUUGGAGAUAACUUUAAAGUUUUCAAUUUUGCCAAAAUUUUAUUAGGAAGCAUUGUGUUCAAAUCAGUGAUUUUUAAAAAAGCAUUUCAAGAUUGUAAUUUGCCAUGAUGCCAACAUCGUAAAAGAAAACAUUAACAGUUAUAAAGUGUUCUAUGAUCAAUAAGCCUAAGCUACAAAGAAAGAAUGAACUAAUUCUUGAAAAAUCUUGACUCCAGGUAGGUGACAAUCUAAUUAAUAUUUUUAAUGGUCAACCCGUAUAGUAGACAAGGCAGCUAAUAUGUGUUGUCAGCUUAAUCAGUGUCAAAAUGGUUUAUAGCUUAUAAAACUCAGAUCUGCUGAGUUUUAUAAGCUGGUUAUAAUCUAUGCCAAAUGUUUGUGUGCUGUUUUUUGCUUUGCCUUUUUUUUUUAAUAGGAUCUUUUCUGCUUUUUAUUCUAUUUCCCAAGAGCAAACACAGUAAGACUAAAGCAAGAAUAGAAUACUUUUAAAAUACAUAAAAUAUUAGAGGCAGUGAAAAGAAAUUAUAA